AUUCCUGCUUUCCCACCCAGGAUUCAGUAAGUCUCUCUGUGUAAGUCUGCACAGUGUGGUGCAUUUUGAGGAGAUUCAGAUUCCCAUUUCAUUUUCUCUCUCUAGAUUCUCCUGCAGAGGCAGCUCUGGUGGUAUUGGAAUUGCUGUGGACCACCACCCACAACUGGUCUGCACCCACCAGGAGCCACCCAUCUUUCCUCCGCUUGGUUUUACCUCUUUGAACGUUUUUUCUCUGUUACUAAGACUGCUUGAAAAGGAUAAUUGUCUCUUUAUCUCACUUACAGCCUUUUUGCCUGAAUAAUUGCAAGACAGUUAAAACUUGAAACAGAUUUCUAGUUGAAACAGAAAUGUUUGAUUGUUACUGAGUGUGGUGUGUUACUCAGGGCUGCAUUACUGAGCUUUCUUUAGCUUGUACAAUGACUGGUCCAGAGAAUGAACCUAGUGUUUCUGCUGGGCCUGAAAAAAAGACUGGGGAAGAUGUUUUGGGUGUUACUGAGAAAGAGAAUGUCGUUCCACUGGUUGUCAGACCCAAAAUUAGGACUGAAGCCCAGAUUAUGAAUGGGGCAAGACCCAAAACUAAGACCAAAGGCAUGCCUAGGAGAAGGGCUAAGACUGUGGCCGGUACAGGAAGUGGGACAUGUAAGAGUAAGUCCAAGGGAAUCUCUGUGUCAGAAUCUAAAAGUAAUGCCCUUGUAUGGGCCCAGACUGAAUCUGAGUCUGUGGCAAUGAAGAUAAAGGGAGAGUCUCUAACUCGUAAUGCUGUUUCUGAGUCGAUUGCUAAAACUAAAUGUCUUUCUGUAGAUACAGAACUGCUUAAUAUGGACACUGAUGGCUUUCCCAGAAGGAAGGCCAACUCCCAAACAGGACUGCAAUCUUCAUUUAGGCUAGGGGAAGAGGACAGUGCUGAGUCCUGGUACUGUUCCAAGCCUCCAUCCACGCAAGAGAACUCUCUGAAUUCCUGGUUGUGGAGUAGAGAUGAAGUCAGUUCCAGGAAUCAUUCUAGGAAUAAGAUAAAGGCCAGUAACAGGUCUCGGCACAUGGACAAAAAGGAGGUUAGUAUUUUUGGUAAGCCCCAGAUCAACAAAGAUAUCUGUCCUAUGUCCAGCUCUGGUUCUGAGGAUGAGUCUGUUAAGAUGGUGGGGUUUGGGGUCAAAGAAAAGAUUGAUUCCUGGUCCAGGCCCAGAGAAGAGACCAAUAGCUGGUCAAGGUCUAAAACAAAAGACUACAUUGACUCCAGUUCUGAUUCUGAUCGCGAAGACCACAUGACAUCUUGGUUGUUGUCUAGAGAUGGAGCCAAAUCCAGAUCCAAACUCAGAGCCAGAAAAGAGGCUAAUACCAGGGCCAGACAAAGGGCCAAGCAAGAAUCUUGCGUGGAUUUCAUGUCUGGCUCCAGGGAUGUAAGAAAAAAUGAGUCCUGGUUCUUGCCUGGAGAAAACGCUGGUAACCUUUUAUGGCCUAAGACCAAGAAAGAGGCCAGAGGCAGAGCAAAGGCAAAGGAAGAGGCCAAAGCCAAGGCCAGAGCCAGGGCCAAACGGGAAGCCAAGUCAGAGGAGGACAUCCUCUCUGGUAACUGGCUCUGGGCUGCAGAACAAUCCAGCAUAGUAGAUGAAGCCAACACAAAGUCUGUUUCAAAAGUAGAAGAUGAGUCUCUAGUUGGGAGUUGGUUCUGGGCAGAAGAGACCAGUAUGGGUACUGGGACUAGUGAUAAAUCCAUACCAAGGGUUAAGAUGGAAUUUAAUUGUGAUUUCUCUGUUGGAACUGUGAAAAACACUAGUAUGGAACAUGGGACUCAAAGUGUUUCUGAAGCUUUACUAGCAUCUGAUGAAGAAGUCAUUAUUGGUUCCUGGUUCUGGGUUGGUGAAGAAGUGAACCAAGAGUCUGAGGAAGAGACCAUUUUUGGGUCUUGGUUCUGGGACAUUGAUGAAAAUAAUGUGGAAUCUGGUAGUUCAGUCAGCUGUGAAUCCAGGCCAAGGUCUGGGGAAGAAGAAGCUAUUGAUCGCUGGUUCUGGGCUAGGAAAGAAGUCAGCAUAGCAGCUGGAGUUGGAGAAGAGACCAAGUCAGGAGCUGAAGAAGAGACAUUAUUUGGAUCUUGGUUUUGGUCUGAAAACCUGAUCCAUGUGGAUUCUAGGAAUGAAGCUAACUGUGAUGCUGUGCCAGUGGCUGAGGAGGACUUUAUUAUCGGGUCUUGGUUUUUGCCCAGAGCAGAAAGUUGUGUAGAGGCUGAAGUCAACAGCAAGUCUAAUGUGGAGAAUGAGCAAGAGGCCAUUGUAUCGCCUUGGUUCGGAAGCAAAGAAGAGGUCAGUGUGAAGCAUUGGCCUAGUGCCAAAUGCAAAUUCAUGGCAGGGGCUGAGGAGAAAGAUAACAGAUCUUCUUUGGGGGCAGAACAACAAUUUCUGUAUUUUGCUAAUGGAGGAAGCUGGAAUCCUAGGCGAAAGGAAGAAGAGGAUGUUGUUGAUUCAUGUGUCUGGUCCAGAAAAUACUCAGUGCCAGAGGCAAUUAUCGAGUCCCGGUUAUGGACUGCAGAAGGUGGCAUUAUAGAUAGUGAGACUGGAGAAGAGGCUAGGUUUCCAGCUGAAGGGGAGAACAUGAUCAAGUCCUUGUUCUGGAAAGAAGAUAAAACAAUUCACAAGACAACCAGCAGGGAAGAUCCUAAGCCAGAAGCUGAGAAGGAAUACCUUAUUGAUUCUUGGUUCUGGGCUGGGGAAGAGGACAGGCUCAAGGCACUGACUGCAGCUAGAGGACAAAACAGUGUAACAGCUGAAGAGGAAGCUAUUGGGUCCUGGUUCUGGGAAGAGGCUAUUAGGAAAGAGGCUGAAAUUUGUCACAAAUCCUGUCUCAAAUGUGAAGAGGAAGACAUCAUUGUUGGGUCCUGGUUCUGGGAAGGAGAUAGUACCGGCACAUUGGUAGAGGUCAGCUCUGAUUCCAAGUCUGGGCCUGAGGAAAAGGAACUGAUCAUUAGGUCCUGGUUCUCGGAUGUAGAAGUCAGUACAGAAACCGGGUGUCAUGCAAUGCACAAAACAAAGUCAGAGAGUAAAGACAAUAUUUCUGGAUCCUGGUUCUGGGCUGCAAAAGAAGUUGAGAAAGAAUCAAAUAUGUUCUGUAUAUCUAAGCCAGAGAAUGAUGAAGAAGUGACUGUUGGGUCCUGGUUGUGGCCUGGAGAUGAGGCCAUUAAGGAGACUGGAAUUAUGGCUACUUGUGAGUCAGAAAAUGAGGAAGGGGAUGCUGUUGAGUCAUGGCUGGGAGCUGAAAAUGGAACAAACGGUGAAUAUAGAACAUCUGCUGAGGAGGACGAGGCUACAGUGGGUUCCUGGUUUUGGGCAGGAGAUGAGGCCCAUUUUGAGUCAAACCCUACUCCUGUGUUCAGGGCUGUUUGCAACUCCAGGUGUUCAGUUGAACAGGAGCCUGAUCCUUCACGCAGGCCCCAGAGUUGGGAUGAGGUUACUGUUAAGUUCAAGCCUGGUCCAUGGGGAAGGGUUGGCUUCCCAUAUAUAAGCCCCUUUAACUUUCCCAAAGAAGCAGCAUUUCUGUUUUCUGAAAUGCUUGGGGGACAGCCCGUGCCUGUGGAACCUAGCCCAGACAGGGAAGAGCAGGAAUCCUUGCCUCAGCCUGAUGAGCCUGGACUUGAGUACCCAUUUCAGUAUGAUCCUUCCUACCGCUCAGUCCCGGAAAUUCGAGAACACCUUAAGGAAAAGGAAAAUGCAGAGACUGAGAACUGGUCCUGCACCUGCAUACAAUGUGAGCUUAGAAUCGACUCUGCAGAGUUUGAAGAACUCCUUUUACUGAUGGACAGAGUGCGUGAUCCUUUCAUCCAGGAAAUAUCUAAAAUUGCAAUGGGGAUGAGAAGUGCUUCUCAGUUUACCAAAGAUUUUAUUCGGGAUUCAGGUGUAGUCUCACUUAUUGAAACCUUGCUCAAUUAUCCAUCCUCCCGAGUUAAGACACAAUUUCUGGAAAAUAUGAUUUGUGUGACUCCACGUAACCCAAAUCUAAACAUGAUUGAGACGUAUGUUUAUCAAGUGUGUGAGGAUACCCUUGCCCUUGGCUUAGAUACCCCUGAGCAGCUGUGUGGAAUAAAGAUGAUCACGCAUCUCACCAGUACUACUGACUAUCACACACUGAUUGCCAAUUCUAUGCCAGGCUUUCUCUCCUUGUUAGUGACAGGCAAUCCUCAAACAAGGUUUCAUGUUUUGAAAGUACUUCUGAAUUUUUCUGAAAAUCUUUUCAUGACAAAAGAGCUACUCAGUGCUGAAGCAAUGUCAGUAUUUGUGGAACUCUUCAGCAGGAAAGAGACACGUGACAAUAUUCAAAUUAUUCUUGCGAUAUUUGAAAAUAUUGGUAACAAUAUUAAAAAAGAAGCAUUGUUCACUGAUGAUGAUUUCGAUCUAGAGCCACUUAUUUCUACUUUCCAUGAGGUUGAGAAAUUUGCUAAGGAAUUGCAAAACAAACCAGAUAAUCAAAAUGAGUCUGAAGCAGAGCAAGAAAAUUAGUAUGAUUAAUCACUUGACGGAUUGUUCUUUUGUUGCUGUGUUGUGCUCCUAGAGUAAUGCUUUGGUUUUCAAAGUCAGUUUUAUGUUGCACUGUACAUCUUUAAUUCUAAUAUUAACUGGCCAACUCUGUGUGUAAGAUCACUUUCUGAUGCCAAAUGAGAAUUGGAACUGAAAACACAUUUGUUGAUGUUUAUCUUGUCCAAAUUGUGGUACUAGCAUUUGAGCUUAUCGUGAACUGAGCCAUCAUAAAAUAAGCUAUUCUCCUACAGUUGUUGUUCCAGUGUUCAGCUACCUCUUUGACUCUUGUAUGUGUUUCAGUAAAGUUCUGUGUUAAAACUGGCAGAAAUCUGACCCGACGUGAUAGCCUAGUGGCUCCUUGCCUUGUAUGUGCCAGGAUCCCAUACGAGUGCUGAUUCGUAUCUCAGAUGCUCCACUUCCCAUCCAGCUUUAACUUGUGGACUGGGUAAGCAGUAGAGGACGGCCCAAAACCUUGAGACCCUGCACCUAUGCUGGAGACCAAAGGGAGCUCCAGUCUCCUGGCUUCAGAUUUACUCAGCUCUGGCUGCUGCGGCCACUUGGGGGGAGUGAACCAGUGGAUGGAAGAUCUUUCUUUUUGUCUCUCUUU